CAUGUGUAGGGGAAAAAAUCGGUUUGUGAAUGUUUCUGUAUGUUGUAUCUGGCGUGUGUAGUCUGGUGAGAUACCUCAUGAAAUUGGUGGCGAAAGAAAAUUCAAAUUAACUAGAAAGAAUUUGAAGACAAAACGAAAAUAAAUUUGAAAAUAUGCCUGAUAGAAAUAGACAGUUUGGAAGAAGAGAAAGAAAAGGGAAACACACUAUGACAUCUUCUGAUGAUAAAUCACCAACCUCUCAAUAUGAGUCAGUACCAAUGUUAGAUAUAACAACAAAUGAUACAUUAUGGGGACAACAAUCUCCAGAAUCCAAAGAGCAACCAAAAAAAGAAGAUAUAAAGAAAUGGAUGCAGGAAAACAUAAAAUUGAGACCACAUCAAGCAACCUCAAAGAAACGUGUAAAGCGGUAUGGAGUUAAGAAAAGAAUUGUGCAACCAAAAAUUCUAAAUGCUGGGAAAAGCAGAGAAGUAAAUCAUGAAGGAGAAGAAGAAACAAAAUGUGGGAAUGGUUUCUCUCCAUUUGAUAAGAGACCACCAAUGAUCCUCAAAAAACAUCGGGAAGGAAGUGAACAAGAGUUGAAUGACAUUAUAAAUGUUAUAAGAAAACAUACAACGAAAGUAGUAGAAAAAGCUGAGAACAGUGGCUCUGAAGAUGAAUGGACAAGUUCACCAACAUCACCAACAUCACCACAGCCAUCGUCGCCACUGCCACAGCCGCAAUUACCUCAGCCAUCUCCACUGUCACCAUCACCCAAAUUUUCAAGAGGUAGACUUGUUAUGUUAGCUUCAACUGCUGGAAAACAACAAAGGAGAGAGUCAGAAGUAGAAACAAGUUCUGAAGAGAGUUUUGGUUCAGAUGAUGAAAUGUAUGCCUUUGAUAGAUGCAUUAGUGAUGAGGAAGAGGUAUCAAGUCCAUCUGAGAGUACUGAUGCAUUUGGUGAGGUAAAGUUUGUAGGAUAUGGCCGGAAAAUUGCAAAGUUUGUCCGUGCGGAUCACGAAACUUCUAUGGAAACAAUGAUUUAUUUGAUAGAAAAAAUGUGGAGUUUAUCAUUGCCAAAGUUACUUAUUUCUGUGACUGGAGGAAGAAAAGACUUCUUAUUGAGUUCACAUCUUAAAGAAGCUUUUGGGUAUGGUUUGGUAAAAGCUGCAAGAAGUACAGGGGCCUGGAUCUUAAGUGCAGGUUUACAUACUGGAGUUGUGAAAUAUACUGGAAAAGCUAUAUAUGAUAAUGAAAGCACAUUGACUGGCAGUAAUAAACUGGUGACGAUUAGUGUUGCACCAUGGAACAGUGUACGAAACAAGGACACAUUAAAGAAAAAGGAUGGAUCAUGGCCUGCAGAGUAUUAUAUAACAGAUGAUGAAUCUUGCUCAAAAACAUGUCCUUUGGAUCCAAAUCAUUCACAUUUCUUCCUUGUUGAUGAUGGUACCUCAGACACUUUCGGGGUAGAAAUUGACUUCAGAAAAACACUAGAAAAUGCUAUUGUACAAAAUAAAAUCCAAGCGACAGAAGUCAAGAUUCCAGCUGUUGCAGUAAUGGUUGGAGGUGGACCUGGAACUCUGAAGUCAGUGUAUGAUUCAAUAUCGCGCAACAUCCCAGUUGUAAUAGUAAAGGGAUCUGGUCGGGCAGCAGACGUUCUGGCAGAUGCUUACCAAACAGUACUUGAGAAUGUAAACGAAAACAGCAAAGACAUAACUGAUGGGAAACUGGAAAAUAUCAAAGAAAUAAUCCAGAAAAAAUUUGAAGAUUAUGAACAUCGAAAGGUUUUGAUUAAGUGUGUGUUGAAUUUUCUAAAACAACUGAAUUUGGUAACGCUUUUUGAAUCCGGUUCCGCUGAAGAGUUUGACGUAGUAGUCUUGAAGGCUCUGUUCAAAGUAAACAAUAACAAAUUUGAAAAAUUGAGGCUUGCAUUGGAAUGGAACAGAAUUGAUAUUGCAAAGAAUGAACUAUUUACUGAAGAAUUUCUCUGGCCAACUGGUACCUUGAACAAUUUCAUGCUGUUUGCACUGCGUGAUGAUCGUGUUGGCUUUGUGAAACUUUUCAUGGAACAUGGAGUUAGCUUCAAAGAAUUAUUAGCUGAAGAAAAUAUUGAAAGCUUGUUCAGGAUGCAAAAUAAAGAUAUUAGCAUUGAAAAUGGACAUUCUUUACUCAAUAAACUCAUGAAUGAGGGAUAUUUUGUGGAAAGGAUAACAGAUAGCUUUUACAUUGCAAUAAAAUUGUUCUUAUGGGCAUUAUAUUUAAACAGAAAAGAAAUGGCUUUUCUAUUUUGGAAAGAAGGCAUGGGCGCUUUACCAUCUGCUCUAAUUGCAAAUAAUGUGCUCGAAUUCCUGAAAACAAAGUGUAAAGAUUAUGACAGAAGGAUCCAACUACAGGAACAUGCUGAUCUUUAUGAAGAACGUGCCAUUGGAAUUUUGACUGAAUGUUACUACGCGGAUGAAAAACGGACAUUAGAUUUACUGCUGCUACGACGGAAAACUUGGAAUGAUGCUUCAUGCAUGCAAAUAGCAUUUAAUAUUAACAAUAAGAAAUUUGUGUCCCAGGCUGCUUGUCAAUCUUUGUUGGGAAAAAUUUGGAGGGGAAAAAUUUGUAAAAAGACCAACAUUUUGAAGUUGCUACUCUGUAUAUUGUGUCCAUUGUUUAUAUUUUUUAUACAUUUUCAUGACAAGGACAAGCAGGACAACAAUAAAGAAACCAACAAAUCAUGUUGUUGCAAGCCAUGUGGAAGAUGUUGCCGUAUGUUCUGCAGAUGUGCAUCAUUUUAUAAUGCUCCUAUCAUAAAGUUUUUGAGCAAUUUGAUAUUUUAUAUAAUUUUCCUUGGCCUCUAUAGCUAUGUGUUACUUGUUGAGCUGAAACCUCAGAUUUUUUAUCUAGAAUGGUUUCUUAUUGUGUGGGUGAUUGGAAUAUUUACAGAAGAAAUACACCAGAUUUUCAAAAGAGAAAUGAUGUUGAAAAAAAAUUCUAAUUCACUUUGCUCAAAAUUUGUCAAUUACAUCCAUGACAUUUGGAAUGUUGUUGAUGUUAUAACUAUUAUCUUGUUCAUCAUUGGGUAUGUUCUUCGAUUUCUGAAACUGGAUGAUGCUGCCAAAGUGAUGCUUAGUUUAAAUUUGAUCACCUUUUACAUCCGGUUUCUUUAUAUGCUUUCGAUCCAUAGACAUCUUGGACCGAAGCUUAUAAUGAUUAAGAAAAUGAUGCAAGACCUUGGAUAUUUUAUCGUAAUUCUGUUUAUCUUAAUGAUUGCCUAUGGCAUUGCUUCCCAGUCAAUUCUCUAUCCAAGUGCACCAGUUUCAUAUGAUUUGUUUAAAAAAGUAUUUAGGAAAGCUUAUUUUCAUAUGUAUGGAGAACUUUUUCUUGACGAAUAUGAAGAAAAUUGUGAUGCGAGCAACAGCACAUGUCCUUCUGAACUUGGAUUAUACAUUGCACCAAUUUUGAUGUGUAUAUAUAUUUUACUAACAAAUAUUUUACUUCUCAAUUUACUGAUUGCCAUGUUCAGUAAUACUUUUCAAAGAGUGCAGGAAAAAAGUCGUCUCCAUUGGUCCUUCCAAAGAUAUGAACUAAUCUUUGAGUUCUCUAUCCGCCCUCCUCUGCCUCCUCCUUUCAUACUGCUCUGUAACAUCUACCAGGCCUGUCGCUAUCUGUGUGAAAAAGCAAGUCGUAAACAACCUAAUAGAAAAUCUGCAUUUUCAAAGACAUAUAAAACCGAUUUGGAAAAAGAAAAAGAAAAAGAUUUAAUUCUCUGGGAAGAUCAGAUGGUUGAUUCUUACAUCGCAAGGCAAAAUAAAUCUGACAGUAACAAGAAUUUAAUUGACCAAUUAGAACUUCCUAAAUAUGAAAGUUCACAGAAUAUUUCAUUCUCAGAACCUGAAAAAGAAUUUACUAUAAGCGCAAAUAUUUUAAAUCAGAGGCUGCAAAACAUUGAAGAAAAGAUAAAUAAUAUUGAUACAACUCUUGCAAAAUUAAAAGAAAGUCUCAUGGACAGAAAACAUUGAGAAGAGGGUCCUGGAGGAAUGUUUUCUGAAUGUAGUGAAACAGACUUUUGUUUUGAGAAUGGCCAACUAAGAAUAUAAUUGACAUUUACUGUACUUAAAGUAUCAGUUAAUUACUAAAUCAUGAUAAACUGUAACAAAAUAGCAAUAAAUCCUAAAACAGAAAUGUAAGGUAAAACCAUAUAUUUUAAUCUAAUAUUUUAACUGAAUGUAUUAACAUAUAUUUUACUGUCAGGUAAAUGCAAGAAUCUGAAGUACUAAAUAUAGAGAGAAUACUUCCAAAUGAUUGAUGGGCAAUGGGAAGUGUCAAAUGUAAAUCAUGUAUAUUCACUCUAUAUUUUAUGUAGGUUCUCAAUUAUAAACAAUAUUUAGGAAUCUCACUUUAUCUUUAUUUUUCUAAUUCAUUUUUAUGUAAGAAAAAUUCAAAUAAAGGCAUGAAUCUGUC